AUGUAAUAAUUGGUUAAAAAGUUUAAUACAAAAUUACACAAAAGAGUCCAACAAUUCUUUUACCAAGACGACACAAUUCAGAUUGAUGAAUUAUAAGUUACACAAGCUUAAAUAGCAGAAAUGGAACAAAUUAUACCUCCUAAAGAUAUUAUCCUUGACUUUUCAAAAAGCUAUUUCCAUUAGAUUGAUCAGAACCUUGAAUUAGCUCCUACUACAAGCACCAUAUUCUAUUGUUUUUUGAGUCUAAAGAAAAUAAUUGAAAUUCCCAACAAUCCUAGCUAUGAUAAAAAAUUACUUGACUUAGAUGAAACUACUUUAAAGGAAUCCAAUGACGGUAUUGGUGAAUCUCAAAUAGAAAAAGAUCGCCUUUAAAACUCUUAAGAAUUUGUUGCUUAAAAUAUGUCUUUUCAAGCUAAAUGUGAAUAUCAUACUUAAUUAUUUGAAGCAAUUCACUUUUUUGUCUCAAUUAUUCAGGAGAGACUGUCUGUGGAUACUGAUUUCAUGCAAAAUAUCGCCUUAGCAAAACCCCUGCUCUACGAUAUUACUUAGAUUUAUUUAGUUUAUUAUUUACGUCUUUAUAGAAUUAAUAUUGAAGCGAACUCACAUAAAUUUUUCUUAGAAUAUUACGAAAGAGGAUAAACUCUAUUCAGAUUAGCAUGUCUUCAUUUUAAUUAAUAUCAAACUCAAAACCUAUUAAAUCUACUUUACAAUUUUAGAAUAGUAACAAUUUUAGCCAUCAUUCUCUCAAAUAAAUUAUAAUACUUAUAAAAAGUCAUACAAGAUUUCUUAAACUAUCACUACUCGACUUUGGAAAAUAUGGAAUCACUCUUUAAAUUUGAAUAAACCCUUAAAAGUACAAUUUUUGAAUAUUGCUUAAGUGUUUCAAAUCAAAAUAUGUUCCAACAAAUGUUUUAAGAAAUAUUAACUUUGGAUCAGAGGUUUAUCAACAAUUGUUACAUCCUAGAAUUGAAAUGGUUGUUGUUUUCUAGGUAUCUUUCAUCAGAUAUUUUGGAAGAAACGAAAAGAUCACUAAUCGAAGAUUAUAUAACAAAUUCAAUGUAAUGGAAAGAUUAAUUUCUAUAACUAAUUCGAUUGGGUUCAAAAAGACUCUUAUUUUUCUUUAUCAACAUAGAAAAGUUCUCAAAUUCUAAUGCGAUUAUAACAAAAUGGUAGGAGAUAAUAAUAGACAUAAUUAAAUCUUGUUUUAAGAUUGAACCAAAUUAAUAAUUUGAAGAAGAGUUCAUUGAACAACUCUUUAAAUUUAUUUUGAAUUCCUUAUAACAUAUUUUAAAAUAUAACCAAAAGAAGAAUAAAAGAUCAAAUAAAAUAUUGUAAUUAUUGGAAGAUUCCAUUCACCAUCCCUUGGCUAAAGAAUAUAGAUUUUAGAAAAAAUUAUUAGACAUUCUCAUCCUUAGUGAUUUAGCAUGUUAUGGUGAUAACAUUGAAAAUUAUAUCUUCAAUUUUGUAUCUCCAUCGUCUUUCACUUUUGAUCCCAUCAAUACAGCAAAAUAUAUUUUGAUUUGCAAUUAAAAUGCCUGCAGGUAGAAAAUAAUAAACCAUAUUUAUUAUUCAAUUGUAAAAUAUAAAAAAAUGAGUACCAUGGAUCCAAAAAUAAAUUUAUGUCAAGUAAUUCAAUAGCUGCAUUAAAUGAUUGCUUUCUUUGAAUAGGAGAAGACUGUCAAUCAAGAUGUCAAAUUUUUAUCAUAAUAGAUAAGAUUCGCUUUAAGAUCAAUUCUGACGAUUUUUGUAAUUAGUGAUGAAUCGAUUUAAUAAGACAAUACAAAUUCUUUACUUAAUUAACAUCCACUUUUAUUUUUAGAAAAAUCGUUUUAAGAAAUUGAAGUACAUUUUGAUGUUCCCUCAAGAAAUACUUUUGAUCUCUCUUGUGCUUUGCAUAUCUCAUAAUAUUUGAAGAAAGUCUUAGAUUUUGCAAAUUCAACGCAAAAUUGCGAAUUGGAAGAUUUAUAUGACAUUUUAACAUGCCAGCUCAAGAUAAUCAAAGCAAUACAAAAGUUUUUGCUACUUGAUAACGAUAUAAUAGCACUAAAUCAAUUCUUUGACAAUAUUGAUUAGUCUCUGUAUAAAUUUAUGGUUAAGGUCUUAAUAUAAGAACUUUCAGCAACUCAGAUGAAAUUUAUUUUUGAAAAUAUCAUCAUCUUAAUAUUUGAAGAUCGAGUAACUAAAAAUUUGAGUAGCAUAAAUGAAAGUAUCCACAAAUACUUCAAUUAUCGUUUAAUGAAAAUAUUCUUAAGCAUCAUGUUUGAAUGUGAAUUACCAGCUGAAUAUAAGAAAUAAAUUGUGGAUAGAAUCUAUGAACUUGUCAAUUAUAAUAUCCUUUAAUUUUCUUCAAUUGUGAACAAAAUCAUAUUACUCUUAGCCAUAGAAAAGAAUCAAGGAUAAGAUCAAAUAAGACAAAAAAUGAUUGAAAUUAUUCAGCUUAUUUGUGGAACAAGCUUGUCUAAUAUAUAAUUAAAAUCCCUCCUAAGAUUAUGUUUUGGAGGUUCAAACAAAUUGCUAAUAUUCCGCAAUUAAAUACCUGAUUAUUAAUAAAGCUAACAAUUAGCAGAUUCAGUCUUUGAAAAUGACAGUGAUCUCAUUAAUAUAUAUUUUGAGCCAUAACUGAAACUUGUAGAUAAUUAUAGUUUUAAAUAAGGGUUAUCAGAUUUUCUAUCUAUUUUCAACAGCCUUUUGGAAGAAAAAGAUUCAUAUAUACUUUUUAAAGAUUUUAAUUCCUAUAUUAAUUUGCCAAUCCAAUUCCCUAUUACCAAAGGAUUUACAAUCUAUUUUGAAAUCCAACUUAAUAAUCAAGGAUUUUAAGAAGUUAAUGGAUUCUAGGAGUCACAGGAAAUAAUAAUUCCUUAGGAAAUUAGGUAACAAUACUAUGAGAUUGUGACUUUGUAUUCAGAAAAGAUUUUCAACAAAAUAAGUGGAGUUAAAAUUUUAAUUUCCCAGAAAUGUGUUUAGAUAAGAUAAUUUAAAUUUGUAAAUAAAUAGGAAGCUUUAGUGCCAGUAUUCUAAAAUUACGAAAUCAAUGUACCAGAAUCACUCAAAUAUAAUUACUAAAUAAAUUACAAAAAUGGAUCUUUUACUGUUAUUGUUAAUGGUAAAUUAUGCAAAAGUGAGUAAAAAAAACUAAUGGAAAUUAACCAGAUUGUUUAAAUUGAUUUGGGGAAGAGUAUGGAAUCAACAUGUACCCUUAGUUAUAUCUUUGCAACUCAAUAGUUUGAUUACGAGACUAAUAUCUUUAGAGGGAAAAUGUUCAAUUUCAUUCUGACUGAUCAAGUACAAAACGAAUCCAUUUUGGAAUCACAAGUUAAAACUAAGUAAUUAAUUAAAUUUUCUAAAUUUACUAAAGUGGUUAACCCUUUCGUAUUGUCGGAUAUGGUUGUACAAGAUCUAUUUGAAGUCAAUGAUACUAUUUAAUAUAAAGAGAUUGAGACGCAUAAUAAUCAAAUUAAUUCUAUCUCGUGUAAACAAAUAUCUAAUGUGAGAGAUAUUUUAAAACAUAGUAAUAUUCAAUCUUUAAUAUUACAUGUAUUUCAAGAAAUUUUGAAUUAGAAAUAAAUGAAAGAAUAUGAAAAUUAAAUAUCAGAUCUAUUAAGUAUUUUACUAAAUAAGAUAAUUUUAAGGGAUGAGGAAAUACUGAAAGUUUUCUUUAAGGAGGAGUUCAAUUUAUUUAUCUAAAUACUUAAACAAUUGACUUCAAAAGUAAAAAUUUAAAAGUUACUUUAAAUUUUAGAAAAUUUUAAUGACAAACUAAGUGAAUCCUAUCAACAAUAUUACUCAAAAUUCACCAAUGAAGUUAUAUAUAAUUUUUAAUUUUUUGAAAAAUUCAUAGAAGAUGAAGUCAUAUUAAAUAAUUAUUUUAUGAAAACACUGUAAUAAUAUUAAAUCCCAUUCGAAAAAAUUGUUACAACAAAAUAAUUUUUUUAAUUUUUGAAAUCUUACAUAAUUUGGCCUUUUUAAUCAAAUAUCAAAAUCAAACACGAAAACCUAUUUUAUAAAUUUGUCAAUGACAUGCAAUUGUUUGCUAAGCUCUUUGAAUAUCAAGAUUUAAGUUCUGAUUAUCUUGAAAUUAUUGAGCUAUAUUUUAAGAUAAUUAGUUCAAAGUUUUAGUAAGCCAUGAGAUCAAACUUGAAUAAAUACUCUUAAAAUACGUUAAUAAUCAACUCAAAGAAUGAUAUUUUGUAUCUUUCUGCUUUAUUGAAUGCGUGUAAAAUGAAAACAUAUUAAAAUAUUAAUUUUGAAAAUGGGAAUUUUAUUUACUUACUAAUUCAUAUUGAAGAUUAUCAUAAAGAAAACCUCCAAUAUAAUCCAAAUAUUGUAAACUCACUUAUCAGCGAAAUAUUUUACUUUAGAGAUUCUCUAAGAAGAAAUCUGAACAUUAUUCAAACUAUAAUCGAAGAAAUUAAAAGUGUGAACUCCCUCUGCGCGAUUAUAAAUCUACUUGCUUAUGUUUUACAUGAUAAUAUCUAGAUACUUAACAACAAGUAUAAACCUUCAAUAAUCGAUUAAAUAUGCCUAAAGUUAACAUAGUAGCAAUAGGAUCUUCUUGAAAUCUCAAAUAAUACUAUGCUAGAAUUACUUUUUGAUUCCUUGCGUUAUAAGGAUCUUCCAAAUACUUCUCAAGAAGUUUAUGUACAACUCCUAAAAUAAAAAAUAAGCUGUUAACAUCUCAAUUCAAUUGAUUUAGGGAGGUUAAUAAAAAUAUAUUCUCAAACACCUGAAAUAUUUUAUCGGUUAUUACAUUUUAUUAAGAAUUCCAUAUAAAUUCAAAAGUUGCUAAAUUAGGUGGUCAUAUUGGCAAACCUUAUUAAAAUGUUGAAUAUCAUAAAAAAGGAUUGCUUUGCCAAAGAUCAAACCUUUGAAUCUAAAUAAUAAUGUUCGAUCUUGUUAAGUUUCUACAUAGAAUAUUUUUAAUAGAAGAAUUUCUUCAAAUUCAAUUUAAAAAAAAAGUAGAAGGAGAAUUAGCAAAUAGAAAAUUAAUUAAGUUGUGGAGGGCUAUUUGGACUCUUCGCUGAGAUCUUCUGCUAAGCAUUAAAAAAUUAGUCAUAAGAAUUUGUUAUUGAUAAUAUUUUAAAGCUUUUACAUGUCUAUAAAGAAGAGAUGAAUAAGAAAACGGAUGAUUCCUUUGUUCAGGAAUUAUAUGGGUUAUUCAAUUACAGUUCAGACAAAAAUGGAAUUAAAUUUCCCAGUAUUGUGAAAGUUUUUAAAGAUAUUAAUCAAAAUGCAUCAGAAGGUCAACUCAAAAAGAUAUAAGAGGUUAUUAGUUAAAUUGAAUAGCAAUAGGAAACUUAAUUUAAAGGGAAUCAUGAUAUUGUUAAUUCAAUGCUGGCUGAAUUUAAUAAUUAAAUUAAAAUGAUCGAAGGCUAUCACCUUUAAUUAGAAUAAAAAUAUGAAGAAUAUAAGAGGAACACACUAAAAUUCAUUGAAGAGGAUUCAUCAAAAAGUAUAAGUACGAAUACUACUUUUAAUAUGUCGUUAAAUGUUAUAAAGAUUAAGGAUGAAGAAGAUUAAAAAGAAUCAUCAGUUUAGUAAACUUCACAACUUAAUUUAUAUAUUGAUUUUAAUCUUUGGAAUAAUUUCAUGAAUUUAACCUCUUUAAGAUAAUUUAUUAAAGGACUUAAUGAAGAGAUUUUAUGGAACUAGAAAAGCCAAAAAAAAAAUUAUAAAAUUAAGUGGAAACACUCAAAUCUAGUUGAUUAUGAAAAUAAAAUAAUUUUCAAAAAAUAUAUCUUUAUGAAAAAUUAAGCGAAUGAUUAAAAUAAGUUGAAUUCGUUCAAUCCUAUAUUUGAGUCUAAAAGAAUUAGUGUGAGUGAAGAUAAGUAAGAAUGUAAGGUAAUUAUUGGGACUUUAAAGAAUAUUUUGGAUAAAUGUGAGGAAGUAAGAAUAAAAAUUAUGUAAUCUGGUAUUAAGUUUUUUGAUCCAUUUAGAAAUGAGGAGAUUGUAAUAACGAAUUAGAAAUGUAAGGUGACUAUAAUGAAAUAUCAAAAUUAAGAGAAAAGCUUUUUGAUAAAAUAAUUUGAAUAAUCUUAUCAAAGUUUUUACUUUCUAAUAAUAAAUGAAGAAAAUCAAUUCAAAUAAUUGAAGAAACAUUUUUAAAACCUGGAUUUGUUAAAAACCAAAUCAAUUUCUGAGAUCAAGAAGAAUUUAAUCCAAAAAUGGCAAUAAGGAUAAUUGUCAAAUUAUCAAUAUAUCUAUUUAGUAAAUUAGCAUUCAGGUAGAAACUUAAUGGACAUAAACAAUUAUUUUAUUUUCCCUUGGACAACUGUGCAUUUAAACAAUAGCUUUAUAAAGGUCAGUCGUUAAUUUUCUUAAAGUAUUUUUAGUCAAAAAUAGGCAAAAAACCAAGGAUAUUUCUACUCAAGUGGAGCAUAAUUAUAUUAUUUUUUAUCUUAAGGAUAGGAGAGAGAUUCAGUAAACCAAACUCAAGUAACAAAGUCCAUUGAAAAUUCCAUAGCUGAAAUGAAAAUAGAUGGGAAAACAAAUUUAAUUAAAUUUAUGGAUGAAUUAUAAAAAUUAGGGGAAGCAAUGCCUGAAUUUUAUUCUAAUCCAUAGUUUUUUUCAGAUUGCAUAUUGCCAAAUUGGGUAAUAACCUAAACACCUGAAGAAUUCAUUUAUAUCAUGAGAGCUCAAUUAGAAUCAAGAAUUGUCCAAGAAAUAUUACCAUUUUGGCUAGAUUUGGUAUUUGGAAUCCAACCAACAUUAAAAGGACAGCAAUUCUAAUAGUAACUGAAACCUAAUGAAUUUGUUUCUCAAAGUUAAAUCAGCCUAGAUAGAAAUCUAAAUAGAGCUAUUAUGAAUGCUUAAGAUAAUGGGUAAUCGAUUAAGCAAUUUUUCACAGAAAAGCAUUUGCCUCGAAAAAUAUUUCAUAAUUAUUUUGGAGAUUAAGCCUAGAUAAAAAUGACUACAAGAAGAUUGCUUUACUAAGGGGAUGAGAAAAUAAUUUCGAGUUACUAUUAUUCGUGUCACCAAUUUGUACUAAUUACAGAGAAAGGAACAGCAAUCAUUCUGGAUGUGAAUGAAUAAUUGUAUUCAAAAAUGAUUGUUGAAUCUGAUUGUUUGAUGAUCAAAUAAAAGAAAUAAUUAGAAACCAAAUCGCCAUUAACUCAUUAAUUAAUAUGCUUCGUAGAUUUUGAUAAUUAGAAUUUCCCAGACAAACAGGAAUCUCAGGCUCAUGUUAUAGAGACUGAGAAAUUGAGUUUAUUUUAAAGUUGUACUAUAUUUUUCAUUCUUGGUGGAUAUCGUAAUGGAGAAUUUAGAUCAUACAAAGGGAACAGUUUGAAAUAUAAAUAACAUAGCACUUAAAAUAAUUCAAACAUCCAAUGCAUAAGAAUUUGCCAUGCAAGAUGUGCACUUAUAAUUGGACAAGAAGAUGGUGGUAUUUCUUUGUGGGAGUUGACCAAAGAGUAUGAGAUUUCAUCUACACCUUUUCUUGUCAUAUCAACUCAUGUUUAUAGUAUAACUAACAUUGAUUGUUCAACUUCUUAAAUUUUGAGCGUAGAUUUGAUUAAUGAAGUGCAUAUACACUAUUACAAUGGCUCACUAAUUAAAAAGAUACAAUUAACUUGUUAUGGGAGCAUUACUUAUUGUUAGAUUAGUUACACAAUGAAUUUGUACAUAUUUUUAAAUAGUUUCAACAAACUCAUGGCUUAUAAUCGAGAUGGAAAAAUAUUCAUCCACCCAAUAGAAAUCCCUUAGAAAAUUAAUAAUAUCAUACCUCUGACUCCUUUUUCAUCGGAAUUCAUAUAUAUGACUGAUAGUGGGUUUUAUUUUGAUGACAUUUUUAUAAUGAAAAUGAAAUAGGAUGGAUUGGUUAUUGAAAAAAACCAGGAUAAAAAGAUUUACGAUUAAAAUUUUGCAUUGAUUAAGGCCAUUCAGGGUUAAAAGUUGUUGCUAAGUGACAGGAGUGGGAAUUAUAUCACGAGCACCUAAAUAAUAUUUUAAUAAAGUGAGUUUGCUCAAUUAAGAUUCUAGACAGUAGGGUGCGACAACGGGAAUUUUUGGUGCUUAUAUAAUGAUGAGGAAAUUCUUCAUUAUUUUGAGAAAAAGUUGUAAAGAUCAGGUCUUAAAUGA